UCAAGAAGCCACUUUGUUCCCGCGCCGGGUAGCCAGGCAGGGCCGCCUCCGCCUCGUCCUCGCCGCCCUCUCCCGGCUCCGGGGCUCCGGGCCCCCGUCUCGCCGCGCCAUGAUCGCCUCCCACUUGCUGGCGUACUUCUUCACCGAGCUCAACCACAGCCAAGUGCAGCGGAUUGACAAAUACCUCUACCACAUGCGGCUUUCAGAUGAAACCCUGCAGGAGAUCUCAAAUCGGUUCCGGAAAGACAUGGAGAAGGGCCUUGGGGCGGAUACCAACCCUACAGCCUCCGUGAAAAUGCUGCCGACGUUUGUGAGGUCUACCCCAGAUGGAACAGAGGAAGGUAACUUCUUGGCCUUGGACCUCGGUGGCACAAACUUCCGGGUCCUGAGAGUCAAGGUGGCUGAUAAUGGCAGCAAGAAAGUAGAGAUGGAGAACCAGAUCUAUGCUAUCCCUGAGGAUCUUAUGCGGGGCAGCGGAGUGCAGCUCUUUGACCACAUUGCUGAAUGUUUAGCUAACUUCAUGGACCAACUGGAAAUCAAGGACCAGAAACUCCCUCUGGGCUUCACUUUCUCCUUUCCUUGCUCCCAGACCAAACUGGAUGAGGGCUGGUCCCAGGGCAGGUUUGAAAUUCAGUAUUCAAAAGUUGAAACAAAUUACAGUCCCAGGAGUUGGGUGGCGCAGAGCGUCCUCGUGACGUGGACCAAGGGAUUCAAAUCCAGUGGUGUGGAAGGCCGGGACGUUGUGGGCCUCUUACGGGAAGCCAUAAGAAGACGAGGGGACUUUGAGAUUGAUGUUGUGGCUGUGGUGAAUGACACCGUUGGGACAAUGAUGACCUGCGGCUACGACGAUCACAACUGUGAAAUCGGGCUGAUUGUUGGUACAGGUAGCAAUGCAUGCUACAUGGAGGAGAUGCACCACAUUGACCUCGUGGAGGGCGACGAGGGGCGCAUGUGCAUCAACAUGGAGUGGGGAGCUUUUGGCGACGAUGGGGCCCUGAAUGACAUCAGGACCGAGUUUGACCGGGAGAUUGACAUGGGCUCCCUGAACCCGGGAAAGCAGCUGUUUGAGAAGAUGAUCAGCGGGAUGUACAUGGGUGAACUGGUCAGGCUCAUCCUGGUGAAGAUGGCCAAGGAAGACCUCCUCUUCGAUGGGAGACUCACCUCAGACUUAUUGACGACGGGACACUUUGAGACCAGAUACGUCUCUGCAAUUGAAAAGGAGAAGGAAGGCCUCCUGAAAGCCCAGGAGAUCCUCACGAAGCUGGGCCUGGAACCCUCCCACGAAGACUGUGUCGCCACCCAGCGCAUCUGCGAGAUUGUCUCCACGCGCUCGGCCAACCUCUGUGGCGCUGCCCUGGUGGCUGUGCUCCGGCGCAUCAAGGAGAACAAGCGCGUCGAGCGCCUGCGCUCCACUGUUGGAGUGGACGGGACGGUCUACAAGAAGCAUCCUCACUUUGCUCGCCGCCUUCAGAAGAUGGUGCGCCGCUUCCUGCCCGAUUGCGACAUCCGAUUCAUCCGCUCGGAGGACGGGAGCGGGAAAGGCGCGGCCAUGGUCACCGCAGUGGCUUACCGGCUGGCAGCCCAACACAAAGCGCGCCAGAAGAUCUUGGAUCCUCUGAGACUCAGCCGGGAGCAGCUCCUGGAGAUAAAGAAGAGGAUGAAGGAAGAGAUGGAGCGGGGCCUGGGCCACGAGACGCACGAGGAGGCCACCGUGAAGAUGCUGCCCUCUUAUGUCUGCUCCAUCCCAGACGGAACAGAAAAGGGGGAGUUCCUGGCCUUGGAUCUCGGGGGCACAAACUUCCGGGUGCUGCUUGUGCGUGUGCGGAAUGGGAUGCGGCGAAGUGUGGAGAUGCACAACAAGAUCUAUUCGAUCCCUCAGGACAUCAUGCAGGGGACAGGAGAUGAGCUCUUUGAUCACAUUGUCCACUGCAUUGCUGACUUCUUGGAGUACAUGGGGAUGAAAGGCGUGUCGCUGCCUCUCGGAUUCACCUUCUCUUUCCCUUGUCACCAGAACAGCCUGGAUGAGGCAAUUCUCCUGAAAUGGACCAAAGGUUUCAAUGCUUCUGGUUGUGAAGGGGAAGAUGUGGUUAGCCUUCUGAAGGAGGCCAUUCACCGGAGAGAGGAGUUUGACCUGGAUGUGGUGGCCGUGGUGAAUGACACAGUGGGCACCAUGAUGGCCUGUGCGUACGAAGACCCCUUUUGUGAAGUUGGGCUCAUUGUUGGCACAGGCAGCAACGCCUGCUACAUGGAAGAGAUGAAGAACGUGGAGCUGGUGGACGGGGACGAGGGCCGGAUGUGCAUUAACAUGGAGUGGGGGGCCUUUGGCGACAGUGGCUGCUUGGAUGACUUCCGUACGGAGUUUGACGCCGCCGUGGAUGAAAACUCUCUCAAUCCUGGGAAGCAAAGGUUCGAGAAAAUGAUCAGCGGGAUGUACUUGGGUGAAAUUGUCCGAAACAUCCUGAUCGAUUUCACCAAGCGGGGCCUGUUGUUUCGUGGGCGGAUCUCCGAGCGGCUGAAGACCAGGGGAAUCUUUGAGACCAAGUUCUUGUCUCAGAUUGAGAGCGACCGCCUCGCCCUCCUCCAGGUCCGCUCCAUCCUCCAGCAUCUUGGACUAGAGAGCACCUGUGAUGACAGCAUCAUUGUGAAAGAAGUGUGCACAGUGAUUGCCCGGCGUGCCGCCCAGCUGUGUGGGGCAGGGAUGGCUGCGGUGGUGGACAAGAUCCGAGAGAACCGUGGGCUAGACUCCCUGAAAAUCACUGUUGGCGUGGAUGGGACCCUGUACAAGCUCCAUCCUCACUUCUCUACCGUCAUGCGCGAAACCGUGAAGCAGCUCUCUCCUAAGUGCGAGGUGACCUUCCUCCAGUCGGAAGAUGGCAGCGGCAAGGGCGCAGCACUCAUCACUGCUGUGGCGUGCAGGAUCCGGGAGGCGGGCCAGCACUAGGCCCCCAGGUCAGGAGAGCUGGGCCCAGCGGAUCCCCAGCUGCGCCUGCCCCUCACUCCGCUCGAGCCCUUGAUCGCCGCUGGCCGGAUCCUCGCUUUACUUCUUCUCCAAAGAUGCCACUCCUGUGACCCAAGGCCCUACACUCCCCAUGCAAAAAGUGUCCCCUUUGCCCCUCUGCAUGCCAUACGAGCACAUAUCGAGUCAAGCAUCCCGUGGUGUCUGCGUGUCUCCCUCACACCACUGCUGGUUCAAACCCAAAACCUCUCUCUUAUCUUGCGUACACAGUGUUGGUGUUAGAUCUCACCUGUUCACCUCCCCACAACCUGUGUCUUCCGUAAAAAAAGGUGGGCAAUCGGGACACCCACGUUGCCACUUUGCAACCUGUGGUCUCUGUCUGUGUCUGUUUCCAAACUGCAGGAUCAGUCCUAGCAGAAGAAUACAAAAGAAGGGUAAACCUGGCUUGAAUAUUGGGCUUGAAGGAUCAAGGUGUUGCUGUUUCCAUGAAAGCCACGGCAUCUCAUUGUUAUUUGUAGUGAUGUUAUUUUUAAAAGCACAGGGUAUACCCAUUUCAAGAGUAGAAUGUCCGUGGAAGGGUGCUGAGUCCGGGGAACGUGGGAGCAUUCUGCUGUCAAAAACGCCUGCUUGCAUUGCAUUUCAAGGUGAAGACGCAAGCAUGUGCCUGGGAAUGUUUCAGGGCUCCUGGGAUGGUCCUGUCUUCCAGCCUGCUCUUCCUCCAUUAGCACUGCAGCUUGGUGGAUAGCGUGUGUGGAGGGGCUUGCCUGCACAUCUGGGGGUUUGGUGACUGGGAUUGCAUUGUCCCUGCUUUCUGCUGCUACUCCUGUAAAUAGAGCAGUCGCCAAACAGAAGCUUGUUUACCCCCCUCCCUCAAAAGUUUUGCAUUGCACUAUCUUUUUACCUGGGUUGGGGAAUAACUUAUUAUAUUUUGUCUGUGAAAAUAGCACCUUCACCUUACCUCACAACUGGCUCGACACUUUGGAACAAAUGUCUUGCGAGCUGUACCUCUCUUUCUGUAUAUAGUUGGGGGCUGGGGGGGGGUUCUUGCGUGAAUAAUAGUGUUGGCAGGAGUGCAGGGCUGAAGAGCAUUUCGGGGGUUCUGGCAAGCAAAAACGUUUCCGAGGGUGGGGUUGGUGGGUGGAGGGGUGGACAGGAGCAGUGGAUCAAGACAGGGAGGAAAAAAGGAGGCUUGAGACAGUUCAGGGCUGAUCAGAGGAAUAGGAAAAUGUGAAGCCUAUCCGUUAGCAGAAGGCGAAAACUGGCCACGUUCUUAUCACCACUACUGGAACUUCAAUCUCUCUCUUUCUCUUUUGGGCUCAGUCCUGCAAACACGUUUUCUGGGGCCUCUGUUCCUUUCAGAGGCGCAUGGGUUUGUUGCAAUGAAUCGAGGCUGUGUAGCUGUGGUGCAAACUUGGGCUGUCUCUUUCACCUGCUACUCGGUUAGCGUUGUUGGAGCAGGAUAAGGGCUUAACCUGUUUGGGAAUGGCAAUGUUCUGCAUCUCUUAAGCAUGCCAUAAAUCCACUAGUGGCCAAGUUUAGCCCUGAGGCCACGAGAGAUACAGUGGGAAAUGAAUGGUUGAAUGUAGAAUGUGCUCCAAACUUCUCUUUUUUGGAUUCUCAUUUUAACUGGCAAAAGCCAUCACUGAGCCCUUCUUAUUGACUUCCAGUUGCUCACCAGUUUGGUUGUUACUGAAAGGAGGAAAUAGAUGGUUUGCUAGUGGGAAAUUGCUACUCUGGGAGAAACCUCCAAGCAGUGUGUUUGUACUACAAUAAAGAAAAGAAUAUUUUUGGUAUCUAUUUAAUGCAAGACGAUGCCUGCCUGCGAUGUACACAAGAAAUCCUUGGUGAGGCUGUGAGUUUGAAGAUAGAUUUCCCCCCUCUAUUUUUUUUAUCUUUAUAUCUGUAUCUAUAUAUUUAUAUGGUUUGGAAUAACUAGUACCAAAAGAGCAUCUCCACUGGUGAGAUCCUGAGACAGAUGAAAAGCACAUUACUUUCUCCUCUUUUUUUUAAAUGUUAAAUGUUUGCAUAUUUUAUAAAAGUUUCAAAGUUGCAAUGAAGAUGAAAAUUCUGAAAAAUAACCUCUGGGUAGAAAUGGCAGGCUGGGAAUCUGAGGAAUGUCCCAACAUCAAGAUAAAUCAAGAGUAUUUUUGUAAUAAAAGAAAAAGAAUUGACCAAUGCAAUACCAAACAGCUUUACGUAACAGUUUUACUGGAAAUAGUUAUCCCAUCCUGCUGAAAGAAUUGAAACGCAAGUCUUUGAUCUAUUGUACAAUGGAGAAAUUGAUCAUAAUGUAUAUUUUUUUAACUUGAAUGUUACGUGGUUGCUGGAUUGUACCUCCUCUGGGGAAAAAAAUGUAUUUCACUAGUAGUGAACUUUCUUUGGUGAACAGCAGAUUUUUAUUUGAUGGUGAUUGUUUUAUGAAAAGGGAAAGCAGUAGCAAUAAAAUUAUGUUUUGUGUGACAA